AUGGGUUUGGGGAGGAAGCUGGACGUCCCGGUCUGCGAUCUCUCUCUGCUCAAGGGGAUCUGGGAGGUCCGAGUGAAGAAACACAGACAGAGACAGAAGAAGGAGCAGGAGAGGGUCGAGAAGAGCGCGCUCCCAAAAAUCGACCAGCAGUGGCAGUAUCGUAUCUACUGUAAGACACUGAAGACUCAAGAACGUAACCUGCUGCAUCAUUACCUGGAGAGAUCUACACUGAGUGAUUUACAGCCCUACACAGAAGCAGAACAGGAGGAUCAGAAAGACCCACAGGAUCAGAAGGAUCCAGAGCAGAGCAAACUGACCUUCCGGCUGGAUGGAGAUCAUUGGACGGAGUUCCCCAAAGAGCUGCAGUGGAUGACCUACCUGAAGGAGUGGCACGUCACAGGGACACAGAUCCAUAAGAUGCCUGACUACCUGGCGUGCUUUACCCAGCUUACAGUGCUCGAGAUCCCCAAAAACGUCAUCGCAGAGCUGCCGCCUGAGAUCGGUAAACUGACAGAACUGAGGGAAUUAAAUGUCAGUUACAACCGUCUAUCCAAAGUUCCUCCAGAGCUCGGAAACUGUGAGAACCUGGAGAGGCUCCAACUGGCAGGAAACCACAAUCUGUCCGAGCUGCCGUUUGAGCUGAGCAGCCUGAAGCAGCUGGUUCACCUGGACAUCGCGGAGAACAAGUUUAUAUCGAUCCCCAUCUGUUCUCUGAGGAUGAGCAACCUGCAGCUGCUGGACCUGAGUAACAACCGUCUGACCGACCUGCCACAGGACAUGGACAGGUUGGAGAAGCUGGUCACCCUGUUCGUCCAUAAAAACAACCUUCCGUACCUCCCUCACUGUCUCUGCAACAUCUCCACGCUCAAGAUGAUCGUCGUCAGCGGUGACGAGCUUAACUGUACCCCAACCAAACUGUGCUACAACCCUGAAAUCAAGUUUAUUCGACUGUACGACAGCCCAACCAGUGAAGAGAAGAAGAAGAAGAAAGAGGAGGAGGAGAAGAAGAAAGAGAACAAGAAGAAGAGGUGGACACAGCCGAGAGAGGAGGAGGAGGUGAAGAAAGACAGCAGAGAGAAAGAGUUUAUGGAGGCGUACAUCAGCUCGUUGGAGGACAGAGACGCCGUCCCCUACUCCACCACCAAGGUCACAAUCUCCUGCCUGCUGUGAGGACGAGUAAGGUGAAGAAGAGAGAAAAGGAAAUUUGAAUGUCUCAAAGAUAAUAUGAAGCUGCACUUGUCAAGAAUUUCUUAAAAAAAACGUUAAAAAAACCUCAACAAACCUUGAUAACUACUCAACGUCUAUUGGAAAAUGAUCUUUAUGCUGCAAAAGAUUUCAUUGCAAUACCAUGAGUGGCCACCAGGACUAACUAGAGGCAUAGUGGUCUUUAUUUUCGUUUAUUGGAUGUUCUAACAUUUUCUUGACCUGUGCUAGAAGUCACUCAUGUAUUCACUGUUCCGUGUUAAAGACAUUUAAUAGACCAUUUUAUAAUGAGCAGAAAAUGUAGAUUUUGGAAAUGUGCUCACCAACAUCAUUUAGCAUCAUCACCUGGCUGCAGCUGAGGAGCCGCUUAACUUCUAAUAAAACAUCCACAAAAGCUCAACAUGGAUUAAUAACUAUUAAAGAUUUGGGAUCUUUAACUGUGGAAUUAAAAUAGACUUGACUACAUGAAUAAAAUCUAAAUUCUUUAAGUUCAGACAUUUGGUGAAAAUAAAAAUCUGAAGUACAAUCGAUCAUUAGAAACCCUUAGAAAGUUAAACUCAGAUUCAUAUAAAUUGAUGCAUCGUUAUUGCUGCGUAACACAAAUAAAAAAUAUUAGAUCUCAGGGUCAUUGGAGGUUAUGUACCACCAGACUGUAGCAUCAUAGAUGUACCUUAUUUUAGUACCAAAAGAGAAUAUAGUUUGACACAGAUAAAAUAUAUAUACCUUUUAUUAUAUCAGUAAGGAUCAGCAUUGUCGUUGAAGGUCGUCCUGAAGGUUACAGUGAGCCGUGAUGUUUGAGUCACUUGUUUUUAUGUUUGGUAAGAUUACAUAUGGAUGGAGCUUUGUUAAUUUCACAAGAGUGACAAAUAAUAAGAAAGGGAAUAAUUCAUGUGAAGUUAUUAAUUUAUGACUUAAAGGAGCAAUAUGUAACUCUGACACCUAGUGUUUAAAAUGGG